AUGGAACCGCUGCGCCACUUUGCCCUUGCUGUCUGGAUAAGCGAGUGGUUCGACUUUCCUCCAAGCCCGGUCCGCCCCUUCGGAACUGUCGCCACCGCCUCCGGAGCCACUAUCGGUCCCCGGAUUUCACUUGCGCCGCCAAACGAGCGCCGCGCCGAUUGGCCGCAUUUGCGCUGUUCAGACCGCCCAGGCCGGCGCCCUCGCUUUGGAGAUUUGGAUGGAAAGCACACGGCCAAGUGGGAUCUUCUCUGGAGCUCUAAAGCAUGGUUGGGCUGGUGGAGCUGCGUGCUGCUAUACGCGUGGGUCUCCAGCUUCAUGAUUGUGCUGUAG